AUGGGUAAACGAAAACGUGAAGCCGAUGAAGACCAAGAUCACGAUGACAAGGUCCAAGUUCCAGAUGCAGACCCGGCCCUCUCCAACCAAAUCUCACGGCUCAAAAGCAGUCUUAGCCGCGGAAUCAAAUCGCUGCACAGCACACUGAAGUUGGCGCGCGGGUUCGAGAGACAGAAACUCGGCCGUCGGCAGAAAUCCGCAACCGACAAUCCUCACCAGUUACUCCGGCUGCGCGAGGAGGUGAUUGUCCUCAAGCAGCUCGACCUCGAGCGCACAGCGAAACAGUACCUCGUCAAACAGCUCGUCAGGUCGACGAGGACGAAAUCCCACCCGGCAGUCGUAUCUCUUUACGGACCGGAUCCGCACCUCGAGCAGCCCAAAUCCACGGCCGAGGGGAACGUGCUGGGACGCCUGUUCAACUCGGCACCCGUGAAGCAGGUUUUGCCGGGUCUUUUGAACGGUCUGUUCGAUGUGCUUGGUGUAUCGGCGCCAGGAGGAGGAAAGGCCGAGGAUGGGGCCAACGAUCAGCGACGCCGGACUGGUAAGAAAAGCAACGUUGGAGCUGAGCCUGAGCCUGGAUCCGGAUCCGGAUCUGGCUUAAGCGAAAAUGAACGAAGCUUGGUAUUUUCUGGAGAUGAGGUCGACGAGGUUCGAGACGAGUCUGACGGGUCUUUCAAUGGAUUUUCAGACGGAAAGUCAGGCGAUGUCCACAGUGAUGACGACGAUGACGAGCCAGAAAGACCUGAUUACAUAUCCGAUGUUGAAAUGGAUCGCUUACUAUCUGAACAUCAAGAUCGCUUGGCUUCUUCUAGUGAUGACGACGAGGAAGAUGGUGACGACGAUAGAGACGAUCUGGACCUAUCGACACGCCACACCGACGGUACCACCCGUGGACGGUCAUCAAGAGACGACAUUGCAGUUUCCCUCAGUCCCGAACCGCAACUGUCGAGUCGAUCAAAGAACACAAAGCGUGUCCAAAAAGCGGCAUCAGUGGCACCGACGUCAACGUCAACCUCAUUCCUCCCGUCACUCAGUCUAGGAGGAUACUAUUCCGGUUCAGAGUCCGGUGACGACGGCGACAACGAUCGAGACUACAGCGACGGCCCACCGUCCGCCAAAACACGCAACAAUCGACGCGGUCAACGAGCGCGGCAAAAGAUCGCAGAGAAGAAGUUCGGCAAGAACGCCAAGCAUCUCGCGAAACAGAAGGACAAACAACGAGGUCAAGACUCCAGAAACGCAGGGUGGGACGCGCAGAGGGGCGCAGUGACCGGUAAACAGCAUGGCAGAGAUCGGUUCCGUAACGGCAGCGGUCGUGGUGUUGGCGAUGGUGGCGGCAAAGGGGACGGCAGACGAGACCAGAGGGACCAAGACGCAAGAGGGUCCAGAGCAGCGCCUCUACAACCCAAGAAACGAGAUGACCAGGGCUCUCUCCAUCCUUCGUGGGAAGCCGCGAAGAAGAGAAAAGCACAAGGCGAGAGUCAGCCGACGUUUGCCGGGAGGAAGAUCACGUUUGACUGA